AUGUCUUCGUUCUCGGACUCCAAAGACGGGCCUCGCCUCUCGUCCCAAUCCCGGCAAGAGAAACCUAAGAUCGCCCAAGUGGCACGGCAUGGUAGAAAGGGGACCCUAGGAAUUGAACGACCACUGUACCAUAUGCUAAACUGGGGGAAAGUGAUGGAAAUCGUUGACUCAAGUUCUAUCCCGACUGUCUUCACAGCAAGAAUUCUCUUUGACAACCAAACGAUGACAAGCGCUUUAAACGCCGCCAACGUGGGAAUUUUGACGAUAAAUAAGCCAGAGUGGAGUGGAUUUCCCCAGCUCGUGCUUGCAUGCGACGAUGGAAUUGAUGACUCGCUUUGUUGGGUCCCUGCAGAGUACUUCCGACGGUGCGAUGUCCAACAUUUGGCGGCCUUCGUUUUGAGGCCCAAAGAACCGAAGGCCAAAAAGAAAAGACGGGAAAAGAAAAAGAAAAAAAGAAAAAAGAAAAAAGAGGAGAAGAGAGGAAGCCCUACGCUGACACGAUGA